AUGAAGAAGUUUAACAUCAGGAAGGUGCUGGACGGCCUAAAGGAGCAGGCGUCUUCCUCGGCUUCGUCUGGCCAGUCGGGUGCCCUGGAGAACAAUUUGAUGCACGAGACCCUUCAGUCCGAGAAUUUUCAGCUCUGCAAGGUGGGCGAGUCAGAUGCAGUUAAUAAUGUUUUAUAAUGUAGCUGUAUCCAACAUAACAGUCUGUGAAUGAAUGAUGUUGUUUGCGUGUGUAUGUUUCUAUUUUGUCACUGCAUAUUGGCAACCCCUACUCUCAAAAUUGAUACAGGUGCAAGUUAACGCGCCGCCAACUAUAUAUUAUUUAUAGCCUACAAUGUUACGGUUAUCAUCUGAUGGACGGUUCGGCUACUAUAUCAUACCUACUGCGUUUGCCUGGUAUUUUCGUUAUCUGUUAUGAAAAGGUAUUAUAACAAUGAGAAUAUGCUGGUUUAUACAUUCUGUCUAUUCCCAAGGUUUGGCAACCCAGCCUGUAAAAUGCGCAUAUGGCGAAUGCACUUUAGAGAAAUACCAGUACCAAUAUAGAAUAGUAUUUUCAUCAUGAUUUAGCGUUUGUUUACAUGCAUCCCAUCAUUAGCCUAUACUGUUAUAAAAAUCUAAUACAUGCAUACAUAUAGGCCUAUCCUCACUACCGUUAAAAUACACUGGUUUGCUUUAUCGCUCAUGUCAUGUGCACUUCGCAUGAACUGUCAUACGGAGGGGUUGGCCUAAAAUAACCCGUUUCUUGCAUAAUCUGUGCUCGGCUUGGAUUAACAUGUCAAUCGCUGGAUCCCUGGCGGGUUGAUACAGUGGCGAUCAGUCUCCCACCAACACACACCUUCCAGUUCACUCACCCGAACCCCUCAUCUAUCCAUAGCGGGAGGCUGCCUCUGAAAUUAGUAGGCCCGUUUUAUCAUACACUGGCUCCCCUUCCUCCUUGAAUUAGACAUGACAGAAGAAAAAAUGGGGUUAAUAAACACUCACAUUCGAUGCACAUGCACGCACUGCCGGUAAAACAGCUGGAGCGAAUUUAGCCCAUCAUUGGGACACCACAGCAAAUUGAUGUUAGGCUAUAGUUGAAAGGAUGCUUUGCUUUCUAGUCAAAUGGACUUGAAUUGUCGCCUAUACAAUUUAUUUAUCGCCUUCUUAUUAUGGCGCUCUAUACGCGUGUGCGGGCAAGUUAUUUUCUCUCUAAUUCAAUGGACAUGUUUGGGCCAGGCUAUGCCCUAACACUAUAUUGAAAUCAACACCCAUAUUUCACAUAUUAUUAUAUUAUUAUAAGAGCUAUUUUAUUAUAGUCCUUAUCUUGGUAGCCUACCAGCGAUUUAAAAACACAGGCCUCGGUAUUGGUGACGUGUUUCUCUGCGUCGCAAGAGCGCACGAGGGUUUAAACAUUUGCGCAUGGCUAGACGCGUGUAAUAUCUCGAAUGGUUUACUAGAACGUACAGCCUAGGCUACAAUAUGUUAUGUCUCCAAUGAUUUGCGUUUUUGACCGAGCCGGGUCCUGAAGUGUCAUAAUUGGGUUGGCGCUCCAGGAGCGUGACCCGGCUUGUUGCGAUGUAAUCAACCCGCAAUGCCCGGCCCGUGUUGCGUCUCCUGCCUGCGCGAGUGCAGGUGUCUGCUACAGUGGAGCAGCUCUUACAUAAUAUGCUUUAGCCCUCUGCUCGACAUUUAAACGCCCACACCAGUAUAAAUCCACUUUUUUUUUUAGAGCUGAAACACAACUGUCACACCAUACACAUGAUUAUGCACAACUAUUUAAAUCAAUAAGUAAUCGUUUUAGUUAAAGUAUGAUAUAUUUGGGCUUGAAGUGACAAAUCCGAACUGCCCACUUAGUGCAAAUCCAUAUCAAUGCUGUGUCUUUUUCUAUGAGAUUAUGUGGAAAAUCUUUUUAGCCUACAUUUCAUUUCAGGGCUGGGGUUUAUUUGAAUGUUACCACCCACCAGCAUGGCAUUGUUUUGAAAUCAGAAACACCUGCAAAGAUGUUCCUCUUGGGGAGUCCCGACUACACUUGGCCGCCUAAACCAUGGAGCAAAUUAAAAUAGUAAAUGUUUGCUUUUGCACCUCCAGAAAUUUAACAUAAUGUCAAUUUUCACUUAUUUUUUUAUCUAGUCUGUAUUAAACAAAAAAAAAUAUAUGAACAUUUUGCAAUUCUGCUCCCCCUGUAGCCCCAAGAUAAAUGGUUUUGACCACUAAAGUCUUGCUUCACUAUAUGCUUCACUGCUUUGAUUGCUGCAGCUAAACUACAAGUGUCUAUCCUAUAAUGAAAAAUAAAAAUAAAAACGCUGCAAACUGCUGUUCAUGCUCCCAGCACUGCAUGAAAAGACACGCUUAUGGGUUAAAAUUCCAGAUCACUUUCCCACAAACAAACAGUUUUCGGGAGUUAUCACGGCUUCUGCACACCCUGCGUGAAGGUUGGGAAACGAACAGGUUGGUGUUCAGACGACGUGAACGGGUCUGUAUCCUCACGUGAUCUGGUUGAGUAUUCGAUGAAAACUUACCGGGAAUGAACAGCGUCUCUCAGGUUUCCUACGCUUAGGAACACACCGACUGUCAUUGCGUUUUGGUACACCAGAAGUACAUUCAUUUCCAAUGGAACGCUACGUUUGCCUUGAAGCAUUGCCUUGCAGAGGCAAUUGCAGUGCGUUCUGUGUGGUGCAUAUGUUGGAUUUAUCGAACGUAUGCGUCAAACUGUAUGCGUAAACGGGUUGACAGAAAUGGUAGCAGAAGGUGAAUGUUGAACUUUUGUUGCACACAUAUCUAGAUGAUGCUGCAUACUAUUUUGCGCAAUGAUGAAGUCGGUGUGUUAAUAUGCACCACACAGAACGCACUGCAACUGCCUCUGCAAAGCAAUGCUGUAAGGCAAAUGCAGUGUUCCAUUGGAAAUGAAUGUACUUCUGGUGUACCAAAACGCAAUGAUGCAGUUGGUGUUUUCAAAGCGUAACGCUUUGAACAAACCGAGUGUGUCGUCGUGCAAAAUAGUAUGCAGCAUCAUCUAGAUAUGUGUGCAACAAAAGUUCAACAUUCACCUUCUGCUACCAUUUCUGUCAACCCGUUUACGCAUACAGUUUGACGCAUAAGUUCGAUAAAUCCAACGUAUGCACCACACAGAAUGCACUGAAACUGCCUCUGCAAGGCAAUGCUGCAAGGCAAAUGCAGCGUUCCAUUGGAAAUGAAUGUACUUCUGGUGUACCAAAACGCAAUGAUGCAUUCGGUGUGUUCAAAGCUUAUGGUGUUCUGCAGGGAACGCACACUGUUGUGUGUGUGCAUGUCUGGAAAAACUCCCGAUCACUCUUCCCACCAGAUUGAAACUCUUGCAAACCUAUAACAUUCACUCUCCCACCUCAUACAAAUCCCCCAACAUCUUGCAGUAAGGCAUCAGGGCAUGUGUACUAGGUGGUGAAAAUCCUGCUGGAAAAUGCUAGCCAAUAUUAUUGCUAAUUUGCUACCCUAGCUGCAGUAGUCAACACUAAAUCAGCCCUAGAUACAGUGCCUUCAGAAAGUAUUCAUACCCCUCGACUUAUUGCACAUUUUGUUGUAUUUCUGCUUGAAUUCAAAAUGGAUUAAAUUGUUUUUUUUAUACACAAUCUUUUUUUUACACAGUACCCCAUAAUGACAAAGUGAAAACAUGUUUUUAGAUAUUUUUGCUAAUUUAUUGGAAAUGAAAUACUUAAAUAUCUCAUUUACAUAAGUAUUAAAACCCCUGAGUCAAUACAUGUUAGAAUCACGGUAGGCAGCGAUUACAGCUGUGAGUCUUUCUGGGUAAAUAUCUAAGAGCUUUGCACACCUGGAUUGUACUAUAUUUGGCCAUUAUUCUUUUCAAAAUUCUUCAACCUCUGUCAAAUUGGUUGUUGAUCAUUGCUAGACAACCAUUUUCAGGUCUUGCCAUAGAUUUUCAAGCAGAUUUAAGUAAAAACUUAAACUUGGCCACUCAGGAACAUACACUGUCUUCUUGGUAAGCAACUCCAGUGUAGAUUUGGACUUGUGUUUUAGGUUAUUGUCCUGCUGAAAGUUGAAUGAAUUUCCCAGUGUCUGGUGGAAGCAGACUGAACCAGCUUUUCCUCUAGGAUUUUGCCUGUGCUUAGCUCCGUUGCAUUUCUUUUUUAUCCUGAAAAACUCUCCAGUCCUUAAUGAUUACAAGCAUACCCAUAACAUGAUGCAGCCACCACUAUUACAUUUUAGUCAUUUAGCAGACGCUCGUAUCCAGAGCGACUUACAGAUAGUGAGUGCAUACAUUUUUCACACUGACCCCCCGUGGGAAUCGAACCCACAACCCUGGCGCUGCAAGCACCAUGCUCUACCAACUGAGCUACAGGAGGCUACACUAUGCUUGAAAAUAUGGAGAGUGGUACUCAGUAAUGUAUUGGAUUGGAUUUGCCCCAAACAUAACACUUUGUAUUCAUGAAAAAAAGUAAAUUGCUUUGCCACAUUUUUUGCAGUAUAACUUCAGUGCCUUGUUGCAAACAGGAUACAUGUUUUGGAGUAUUUUCUAUUCUAUACAGUCUUCUUUUUCACUCUGUCAAUUAGGUAUGUUGUUGAUCUAUCCUCAGUUUUCUCCUAUCACAACAACAACAAUAAACCCUGUAACUGUUUUAAAGUCACCACUGGCCUCAUGGUGUAAUCCCUGAGCGGUUUCCUUCGUACCGACAACUGAGUUAGGAAGGACACCUGUAUCUUUGUAGUGACUGGUUGUAUUGAUACACCAUCCAAAGUGUAAUUAAUAACUUCACCAUGCUCAAAGGGAUAUUCAAUGUCUGUUUUUAUUUUUUAUUUUACCCAUCUACCAAUAGGUGCCCUUCUUCGCGAGGCAUUGGAAAACCUCCCUAGUCUUUGUGGUUAAAUCUGUGUUUGAAAUUCACUGCUCGACUGAGGGACCUUACAGAUAAUUGUAUGUGUGGGGUACAGAGAUGAGGUAGACACUAUUAUUGCAACUUAAUAUAUGACUUGUUAAGCAUUUUUACUCCUGAAUUUAUUUAGGCAUGCCAUAACAAAGGGGUUGAAUACUUAUUGACUCAAGACAUUUCAGCUUUUCAUUUUUAAUUAAUUUGUAAACAUUUCCAAAAAUAUAUAAUUCCACUUUGACAUUAUAUUGUUUGUAGGCCAGUGACAAAAAAUCUCUAUGUAAUAAAUUGGCGUUUGGGCUUGGCCAGGCUCUCCUGGCUACAGUGCAGGGAUAUCUCAGAGGCAGUGGUGAGAGGAGGGGGUGGAGGGGGCAGUGGGGGAGGUGGAGAGGUAUGGUGGGAUCGGCGCUGUUGGAGUACAGUGGCUUACGAAAGUAUUCACCCCCCUUGGCAUUUUUCCUAUUUUGUUGCCUUACAACGUGGAAUUAAAAUGGAUUUUUUCCCAUUCUUCAAGGCAAAUCUACUCCAGCUCCUUCAAGUUGGAUGGGUUCCGCUGGUGUACAGCAAUCUUUAAGUCAUACCACAGAUUCUCAAUUGGGUUGAGGUCUGGGCUUUGACUAGGCCAUUCCAAGACAUUUAAAUGUUUCCCCUUAAACCACACGAGUGUUGCUUUAGCAGUAUGCUUAGGGUCAUUGUCCUGCUGGAAGGUGCACCUCCGUCCCAGUCUCAAAUCUCUGGAAGACUGAAACAGGUUUCCCUCAAGAAUUUCCCUGUAUUUAGCGCCAUCCAUCAUUCCUUCAAUUCUGACCAGUUUCCCAGUCCCUGCCGAUGAAAAACAUCCCCACAGCAUGAUGCUGCCACCACCAUGCUUCACUGUGGGGUUGGUGUUCUCGGGGUGACGAGAGGUGUUAGGUUUGCGCCAGACAUAGCGUUUUCCUUGAUGGCCAAAAAGUCUCAUCUGACCAGAGUACCUUCUUCCAUAUGUUUGGGGAGUCUCCCAAAUGGCUUUUGGCGAGCACCAAACGUGUUUGCUUAUUCUUUUCUUUAAGCAAUGGCUUUUUUUCUGGCCACUCUUCUGUAAAGCCCAGCUCUGUGGAGUGUACGGCUUAAAGUGGUCCUAUGGACAGAUACUCCAAUCUCCGCUGUGGAGUUUGCAGCUCCUUCAGGGUUAUCUUUGGUCUCUUUGUUGCCUCUCUGAUUAAUGCCCUCCUUGCCUGGUCCAUGAGUUUUGGUGGGCGGCCCUCUCUUGGCAAGUUUGUUGUGGUGCCAUAUUCUUUCCAUUUUUUUAUAAUGGAUUUAAUGGUGCUCCAUGGGAUGUUCAAAGUUUCUGAUAUUUCUUUAUAACCCAACCCUGAUCUGUACUUCUCCACAACUUUGUCCCUGACGUGUUUGGAGAGCUCCUUGGUCUUCAUGGUGCCACUUGCUUGGUGGUGCCCCUUACUUAGUGGUGUUGCAGACUCUGGGGCCUUUCAGAACAGGUGUAUAUAUACUGAGAUCAUGUGACAGAUCAUGUGACCCUUAGAUUGCACACAGGUGGACUUUAUUUAACUAAUUAAGUGACUUCUGAAGGUAAUUGAUUGCACCAGAUUUUAUUUAGGGGCUUCAUAGCAAAGGGGGUGAAUACAUAUGCACGCACCACUUUUCCAUUAUUUAUUUUUUAGAAUUUUUUGUUGUGUAUGUCCAUUGCAUGAAAUCCAAAUAAAAAUCCAUUUAAAUUACAGGUUGUAAUGCAACAAAAUAGGAAAAACGGCAAGGAGGAUGAAUACUUUUGCAAGGCACUGUAGUUGCUGUCUCUGUCCCUGCUGUCCUUUUCGAGGCUGCUCCGUUUCUACUGCUACUGCUGAGGUUGUGUGAGUGGUGGUUAUGGUGUCUGCUGUGGUUGUGUGAGUGGUGGUUAUGGUGUCUGCUGUGGUUGUGUGAGUGGUGGUUAUGGUGUCUGCUGUGGUUGUGUGAGUGGUAGGUACGGUGUCUGCUGUGGUCUCUGGAGCCAGGCUGUCCCGUCUGUAGCCCCUCUCUCUCGCUCUGAGUGGUGUGAAUACUUGGAGGAAGAGUUGGCCUCCUGGUAAGAUGACCUUCUAGAGACGAUCCCAUCGGCACCAUACCGCCCUCCUAUGUUCCUAUCCCGCUGUCUGUCCCUGUCCUUCUCUCUGUCUGCCAGAGAUGGCUGCUCAUACUGGGGUGCAGGGGGUGGGGGAGGGGGGCAGUAGGGGGCUAACCUGGGGCGACCCCUGUGAUAGGGGUCUUGAGGAGGUGCAUAUGGUUCCUCUGGGUAACGAAUGAACACUAAAUUCUCUGGCAACAGCUCUGGUGGACAUUCCUGCAGUCAGCAUGCCAAUUGCAUGCGCCCUCAAAACUUGAGCCAUCUGUGGAAUUGUGUUGUGUGACACAACUUUUUCUGUCCCCAGCACAAAGUGCACCUGUGUAAUGAUCAUGCUGUUUAAUCAGCUUCUUGAUAUGCCACACCUGUCAGGUGGAUGGAUUAUCUUGGCAAAGAAGAAAUGUACACUAACCGGAAUGUAAAGAAAUUUGUGCACAACAUUUGAGAGAAACAUGAUUUUUGUGCGUAUGGAAAGAAAUUCUCGGAUCUUUCAUUUCAGCUCGUGAAACAUGGGACCAACACUUUACAUGUUGCAUUUUUAUUUUUGUUCAGUAUAUAUGAAAAUGGCAUUUGGAAUGGUUGCGAUGAGCCCUUGGUGAGCAUACAGAGUCUGGGCCGUGUAGGAGCCACUCACUAUCAGGUCAUAAUACUUCUGCCUCUGCCGGUCUGCAGAUACACACACAGAAACAUGUCCAUAAGACAAGGUCGUCAUAUCUUUCAAAAAUACUUACCAGUACAAAGAUAUUGAGUAUUAUCGUUUUUCAUGUCUCCCUAAAACACCUCUAUGCUUCAAUAUGUUUUUCCCCACACUCACAAAAUCAAACACUAACAGAAAAUCAAACCACACAGACAUGAAGCCUUGUCCUACCUAGAUAUCCAGCUGAGCGUGAACGAUGUUGCCCAUUACAGAGGUGUUGUGCAGUUGUUUGACCGUGUCGUUAGUUGGACAUGAGUGAUGGCAUGCUUCAGAGCGUCUCUCAAAAAGUGAGGCAGGUGGAAGUGUGUGAUGAGGGAUGAAUACAGGAGUUAGACAUUUAGUCAUUUAGCAGACACUCUUAGAGCAACCACAUAUCACAGUCAUAGUAAGUAAAUGUAGCUACAGUAAAGUAGCUAUCAGCAAACUCAGUGCUAGUAAGAAAAGAAGAGGGUCAGAGUUAGUGCAAGAAGGCAAGGGUGUUAGUAGAGAGGGCAGGUGCUGUGGGAUACAUCAAGGUACUUGGUGUAGAGCAGGGUUGCCCAACCCUGUUCCUGGAGAGAUACCCUCCUGUAGGUUUUCACUUCAACCCCAGGUGUUACUAACCUGAUUCAUCUAAUCAAUCCGCUAAUUAUAACAGGGUUGGGCAGUCCUGGUUUUCAUGUUUUCAGAAGAUGUGCAGGCACUCAGCUGUCCUGACAUUACGGGAAAGCUGUGUGCCUGGACCAGAUCCUACAAGGUCGAGGGUCCCGCAAAUCUCCCACUAGGGAACCCCAAGUCCUGGAGACUGUGGAGAGAUCACAAGAGUCAAAGGCUCAUGUUACAAUAAAGUACAACAACCACACAUGCAGCUAACUCAGUUAACUAACACUUAAUAGACACUUGUUAGCCAACUAUAAAAUUCACAAUUCCAGAGGUAACAAUGCAAAAACAGUCUAACGUUAUUAUCAGCUUAUAUUACCAGCAUUGAGCCGCAUAGACUCGAGAAAAAUAGACUUGCAGUCUUUAUCAAUCAAAACGUCUGUAAUCUACAACAGAUAGCCUACUGUCAAGAAAUGACAUUAACAACGUGACAUAGCUAGCUAUAAUUCCGAAACACAAUCCAGUUGAUAAAUGUAUAGAAUGUCGUUGCAUUCAUGCAUUGUUAAUUCUAACCUAGCUAGCUAGCUACCUAUGGCAUACUAUAAACUCGCUCCAACCUGAGCUGCUGUCAAAACAACGAUAGCAACGUUACACACAAGCUAAGGUAGCUAGCUAGUGGUUUAGCUAACUAGCAUACCACUAACAUUAUUUUCAACCCGCUAGUAAUUAUUUUUGGGAUAGCUACGUUAACAGGAUGUAACGUUGGUAAGGUAUCUAGAUACUGCAGCUCACAUUAACUUGCUAGAUAUAUAUAAACUCUGUUAGCAUGUGUGGCUAACAUUAGCUGCUAGCUAGAAUAGUUGGUUUAAUUUAGCUAGCACGUUAGCUUGCUCAGUUAGCAAAAAACCUAUAAUGAACAGUCACCUGCAAAAUAAAAUUAAAGGAACUUGUUUAUCUAUUUUGUUGUGCUAUUACAUUUGGUGUUUCGUGUCCGAUGUGCUCAGGCUGUUGCUACAUGUCAUUUGCGACGUGCAUCAUGAGCAAAGUCACUGUAGGCAAUGUCACUUCCCCUGUAAGAACCAUGAGCACGGACUGACUUGGUGUUGCUGUACAGCAGCCGAAGCCUGCCAGCAGCCUACCUACCAAAGAUUUUACCGUGUCCAUUACAAAGUAGAAAAACAAAUGUCUCUUAUGGAAGAUGCCAAAAAAGUUGGAGACAACAAUAGAUGGCAAAGUCAAAAAUACUGGUUUCCAUCUGUGGCAAAGUUUUCACUAUUAUGCUUAUGACAAAUCCAGAACCAGUAGCCAGCAGACUAAACUUUUGAAUACGAUAUAGUAAAAAAAAACUGCAACAACAGAUAACAUUAGCUAGCUAGAUAAGGUUAGCAAGAUAGCUAGCUAAUGUUAGCAUGCUAGGUAGCUACACUGACAGCUGUCAAUUUGUUGAUGUUUCUCCGGUCCACGUGGAAAUCACCAGGACAUUCUUUCCCACCCCCAAUUCGUGAAUAUAUAUAAGUAGCCUUCGUCAUUCUUCGGAGGUGGAACCUAAAACAAGCAUUUCCGCUCUAGGGCAGGAAUUGAAUCGAAAUAUGGGUGACAUUGCCCUCUGGUGGGGGCCUUAAAUAAAGGGUGACUGCACUUCCUGAUUUGGCCUCGUUUUCGAUUUGGUUCAUUAAGAAAUGCUAGCGGCCAUGAUUGAAUUCAAACGUGAGUUGGUUUUGGGGUGUUUUUGAUGUGGGUGUCUCGUGUGUGUGUUCGCAAGUGGGAAGAGUUAGCCAACUUAUUUAGCCAAUUAGCUUCAACUGCCUGGUGUGCGACCAUGGCAAAGUUGAUUUGGCUUUGGAAAGCCUAUCUCUGGGGCUAUUUAGGGACUGUCAAUAAAUUACACAAUGUAAAUGAGACAAUAUUUUCAUGUUGCACACCUUUUAGUUUUCUCAUUUAAUGCUUUCAAUAUUUGUUUAUGAAUUUCUAUAACUUAUAGUUGGUUUGAGGUUUUUAAGUCAUUGAAAUUUGAAGCUAUUGGAAUUUUUACAUAUUGUCCCAUGUACAUUGUAGGGAUGGGCAUUUGAAAUUAUUUUAAUAUUCAAAUAUAUCAUGUCAUGUUUUUGGAUAGUCUAAACAACCCCCCCCCCCCCCCCCCCCCCCCCCAAAACAAAACUUAUAUUUAUUCUCGGCCAGUCAGAAUGAUACAAAUGCACAUGGCAGAGGUAAACAGUGGACAUGCUGCUUUUCUCUGGUAGUUUGGCUAACAGCGAUGUGUGAAAGAGAAGUCAGAUUUUCGCAAUGAUAGAACUGAUUCUGUUGCAAAAAGGUUUUCUGGUGAGUGUUUUGCAUUGAUAUGUGUCAGGUAUUGUUGAAACUGUUUGGUGAGCACCUGUAAUUGCUAUUUGAGGUGAGGGAAACAGCAUACCGACGUCAUGGCAGCCUGGAGGGCUAAAUGUGCAGCACUGUUCGAAAAAACUACAUUCAAAAGUUUGUUGUUUUAUAAAAAUAAGGAUUUCAAAUGUCAUGGUAUAUCCUUGUAGGUAAAAAUGUCAGAAGGACAAUUUAAUAGAAUUUAGACCCCCCAAAAAGUUGUUAAAAUAGGCCUACACGUUUUUUCUAAAACAAUUAACACUCACUCAAGUAAUCGGAUACUAACGUCCAUUCGGAUAUUCGAUUUACCAUGCCCAUCCCUAGUACAUUGUGCAAUCUACCGAUGGUCCCUAACUAGCCCCAUAGGGAUAUCCAAAGUCAACCAAAAUGUACCACAGGAAUUACAAUCAGCUGCACUCCAAAUUGAUUAUUACUUGUGUGCUGCCAGCUGUGGGCAUGUGGGCAGGAUUGAAACAAACCUAACCUUCAUUUACGUUGUGAUGCAGUCACGACCACAAGUCUCACAAAACUCUGUUUUGGACAAGACUGAUUUUAUGACAAAAAUUAUCUUGUUUUCACUUUGUAGUAAAUUUUGCAGUGGUGGAAAAAGCACCCAAUUGUCAUACUUGAGUAAAAGUAAAGAUACCUUAAUAGAAAUGACUCAAGUAAAAGUGAAAGUCACCAAGUAAAAUACUACUUGAGUAAAAGUCUAAAAGUAUUUGGUUUUAAAUAUCAAAAGUAAAUGUAAUUGUUCAAAUAUACUUAAGUAUCAAAAGUAAAAGUAUAAAUAAUUUCAAACCAGAUGGCACCAUUUUCUUUUUUAGUAUUUUUUUUUACGGAUAGCCAGGGACACUCUCCAACACUCAGACAUCAUUUACAAAUGAAGCAUUUGUGUUUAGUGAGUCCGCCAGAUCAGAGGCAGUAGGAAUGACCAGGGAUGUUCUCUUGAUAAGUGCGUGAAUUGGACCAUUUUCCUGUCCUGCUAAGCAUUCAAAAUGUAAUGAGUACUUUUGGGCCUUUAUGGAGUAAAAAGUACAUUAUUUUCUUCAGAAAUGUAGUGAAGUAAAAGUAAAAGGAGUCUAAAAUAUAAAUAGUAAAGUACAGAUACCCCCAGAAAACGACUUAAGUAGGACUUUAAAGUAGUUUUACUUAAGUACUUUACACCACUGCAAUUUUGACAGUAGAAUAAAUGUUUCUCAUAUCGAUGCCACAUAGGCUGUUUUCUAAAUGACGUCAUUUCAACCAAAAAAUUUAAUGUGAUGAUGUUCAAUCAAUGUGGAAAACUGAUUGGAUUUGUAAAAAGUCAUCAACGUAUGGGAAUUUAGUCAUUUUUUCACCCAACGUUUAACCUAAAUCCAAUGACAGGGUGACAGUUUUGGUUGAUUUCACAUUGAAUUCACGUUUGUUGGCAAGCAAAUGUAAAUCAAAACUAGAUGUUGAACUGUCUGUGCCCAGUGGAGGUGUUGUUGCUAGUGUCUGAAAAUCGGCCCAUGCACACACAAUAUAAUGGAACCCAACCGUUAGGCCUACACAUUAAACAUCACAGUUUAUUUGUUGUUGUGCUCAUGUAUUGCUGUUCCUUUGCCUUUAAUUUCAGGUGUUCCUUCACAGACUUAAAAUUGCGAUUUUAGUAAAUAUAUUGAUGUUGAAUUAUGUGGACACAAAACUACUCUAUUGUGAGAACGCUAAUUCCCGCUAACCCUGAUUUGUAUCUGUUGUUUCCUCAUCGCCCUGCUUUGCUGCCAUCUCAUUGGACGCCCAGACUGUCCGUCAUGGCUUCCCCUAUCAGCCGUCGUCCAUGGCCCAUGACCCAGUCCAGAAGAUCCUGGCCAUUGGGACCCAGAGCGGGGCACUCAGACUGUAUCCUUUCUGCUCUGUGUGGUGCUGUGUUCAACUCCAUUGAUCUGUUUGUGUGUACACUGGCCCCUGUGGCCCUGGGGGGAAGCCCUGUAUGCAGCUGCUCUCAGCCCAGACCAGCAGCAGGUAGGUGGAUGAAUAGAUGGAUAGAAAGACAAUCAGAAUGCCCUUGGAAGAGCAGGCUGAGCUCAUUGGUGUCUAUGUAUACUCAUUCUAUCAAUGUGCAAUAACACAUAUUACAGUAUAAUGGCAUGUUACAUUGUAAAAAAAAAAGAAGCCUAUCCUUUGCUCUCAAUCCUUGAUAUAGAGCUAGCAGCCAGUUUACAGGGACAACAGCUUGCUGUGCUUCACAACACAGAGCAGUGAAAUGGCACCAUAGGGAGCCAUAGCUACAGAGAGCACCUGCCUGAUAUCUCGCCUCUUGCCUGCUUGCCUGCCUGCCUGCUUGCCUGCAUCAGGCCCCUUUACUGUUCCAGCAUGUGUUCUCUCCUGAAAAGUAGCUCAUUAAGGUGUGAUUAAGGGGAGGGGGGGGGGGGGGGGGGGGGGGGGCAACAUCCCUCUGUCUCUCUGUCUGUCUCUCCCUGCUGUCUGCCUUUCUGUCUCUCCCUGCUGUCUGUCUUUCUGUCUCUCCCUUUUGUCUGUCUUUCUGUCGCUCCCUGUUGUCUGUCUGUCUCUCUCCCUGUUGUCUGUCUGUCUCUCUCCCUUUUGUCUGUCUUUCUGUCUCUCCCUGCUGUCUGUCUUUCUGUCUCUCCCUGCCAUGUAUCCAUCUCUCCCUGUUGUCUGUCUUUCUGUCUCUCCCUGUUGUCUGUCUUUCUGUCUCUCCCUGUUGUCUGUCUUUCUGUCUCUCCCUGUUGUCUGUCUUUCUGUCUCUCCCUGUUGUCUGUCUGUCUCUCUCCCUGCUGUCUUUCUGUCUCUCCCUGUUGUCUGUCUGUCUCUCUCCCUGUUGUCUGUCUGUCUCUCUCCCUGUUGUCUGUCUUUCUGUCUCUCCCCUUUGUCUAUCUUUCUGUCUCUCCCUGUUGUCUGUCUUUCUGUCUCUCCCUGCUGUCUGUCUUUCUGUCUCUCCCUGUUGUCUGUCUGUCUCUCUCCCUGUUGUCUGUCUUUCUGUCUCUCCCUGCUGUCUGUCUUUCUGUCUCUCCCUGCCAUGUAUCCGUCUCUCCCUGUUGUCUGUCUUUCUGUCUCUCCCUGUUGUCUGUCUUUCUGUCUCUACCUGCUUUCUUCUACACAUGGGCUUACUUACUGUCUACUUACAUCUGAAUGGAAAGGUGAGAAUAGAAAUUGUCUCAGUACUAUUGGUGCAAGAUGACAGUGCCCUAAGAUACUGAUCUAAGGUCAGUUUAGCAUACUAUUUGCAUUGAUAUUAGAUUGGUGUGAAUCAAGAUGGAACCACAGAGUUGUUGAUAUGCUGGCAAUGCUGGUCAGUUUACGCUGAUGCAACAUGUGCUUUUUUUGACCACUUGAGCUGAAGUUAAACCAUCAGUGAAUGGUUUGGCAAUUCUUCCUCCUCACUGAUGUUGGUAGCUUUGAAUUUGAGAGAAGAGAGAAGCAUCUUAACAUCAGUCAUCUCUUCGAGUGAUGUCGAUCAGAUAGAAAUAGGUUUUUAUCUCUGGGAGAGGGAGGUGAAUGGGGAGUCAUGUAACAGCCCGCGCUGUUCCCUUCUCAGAUCAGUGCUCUAGAGGACGACUUGGCCUGCUUCCCCAAUCUGAUGACGAUGAUGCCUGAUACAGCCUGAUGCUGUUAUUGGUCCUUAUUUUUAUUUUUCUGUCCUUUGAUGAAGAGGAUUUCUAGGAAGGUCUAGUUGUUGUUGUGUUAGAGCUGUAGUUGUGUAGCCCUGUAUUUGCAGUAUGUUUAUAACUUUAUGCUGUAGCACUAGUUUUGUCUUUGUGGCUCUGACCCUUGUAGUAUUAGCCUUAUGGGACUCUUUGUUUGAGCUUAUGCCUGUUCUGUAGCAAUCGUUACAGCUCUAGUUCUAUGUCUGUCAUGUGGCUGUAUACUAAAGCAUUAUAUCCUUGUAGUUCUAUGUCUGUCAUGUGGCUGUAUACUAAAGCAUUAUAUCCUUGUAGUUCUAUGUCUGUCAUGUGGCUGUAUACUAAAGCAUUAUAUCCUUGUAGUUCUAUGUCUGUCAUGUGGCUGUAUACUAAAGCAUUAUAUCCUUGUAGUUCUAUGUCUGUCAUGUGGCUGUAUACUAAAGCAUUAUAUCCUUGUAGUUCUAUGUCUGUCAUGUGGCUGUAUACUAAAGCAUUAUAUCCUUGUAGUUCUAUGUCUGUCAUGUGGCUGUAUACUUAAGCAUUAUAUCCUUGUAGUUCUAUGUCUGUCAUGUAGCUCUAUGUCUUUCCUUCAGCUCUAUGUCUGUCCUGUAGCAGCUAUAUGUCUCUCCUGUGGUUCUAUGUCUGUCCUCUAGCUCUAUGUCUGUCCUGUAACUCUGUCUGUCCUGUAGCUCUAUGUCUGUGGUGUGGCUCUAUGCUGUGAUUACCUGCUAGCUUUUAUCAGUGUGUCUGUGUCUGUCCUUGUAGUUCUAUGUCUGUCAUGUAGCUCUAUGUCUUUCCGGCAGCUCUGUGUCUGUCCUGUAGCAGCUCUAUGUCUGUCCUGUAACUCUAUGUCUGUCCUGUAGCUCUGUGUCUGUCCUAUAGCUCUGUGUCUGUCCUGUAGCUCUAUGUCUGUCCUGUAGCUCUAUGUCUGUCCUGUAACUCUGUCUGUCCUGUAACUCUAUGUAUGUGGUGUGGCUCUGUGCUGUGAUUACCUGCUAGUUUUUAUCAGUGUGUCUGUGGCGAGGCUGUUUGCGGCGCUCUCCUCUCCUUUCCCCCCGUGGAGGAUUACAGGAUGUGGCAGAUCAAGGGCCUGAGCCUGGCAGUGGGCAGAGCUGAGCGGGCUGGAGAAUUACAGCAGGUCUGUCAGCCUAAGCGAAUGCCCUGUGAUCCUAAAAACUGUCCCAUUUUUGAUGCUGGGCAGGGUUAG